AUGUCCAGCUUGCCACACACUCUCUUCACUCUACAACUCCGCCGACUAUCACAUCUUGCCAAAUCCUCAAACUCGGAUCCAUCAGCUGCAUCCAACCCCAUAACAACAACCACAACCAGAUACCAGCACAACAAGGUCGACACGAUGAAGUUGACAUUCAAGGAUCUUAAGCAACAGAAGUUUGUUAUCGAGGCCGAGCCCUCAGAGACGUCAAAGAUCGCAUCCGAGAAGGGAUGGGAGCCAUCGACACAGAAGCUCAUCUACUCGGGUAAGAUUCUGCAAGACGACAAGACCGUCGAGUCGUACAAGAUCGAGGAGAAGGGUUUCAUCGUCUGUAUGACCUCCAAGCCCAAGGCUGCUCCUUCAAAACCUUCAGCACCCGCGACCCCCGCCCCCGCUGCACCCGCCACAACUCCUGCUCCUCCUCAAGCACCGACAUCCUCUUCAACCUCCGCGUCCGCCCCCGUCCCCGCUACUCCCUCUCCUGCCACGAAUGAGAGCAGCCGCUUCAACGAUCCCUCGGCACUCACUCUUGGCGAUGAGCGCGCUGCGGCCAUCUCUAACAUGGAGGCCAUGGGCUUCCCUCGCGCCGACAUCGAUCGUGCCAUGCGCGCCGCUUUCUUCAACCCCGAUCGCGCUGUCGAGUACCUUCUGAACGGCAUUCCCGAAAGCGCUCAACGUGAGCAAGAGCAGCAACAGCAGAACCAGGCUGCACCUAGACAACAGAGUCAGGCUCCCACUGCUGCUCCUGCUGCUGCACAAUCUACUGGUGCUGACGACGAAGGCCUCAACCUUUUCGAGGCUGCUGCUCAGGCUGCCCAGGGUGGUGGCCGCGGAAGUACUCGUGCAGCUCAGCCCGCUCAGGGCGCUGAGGCUGGACUAGGUGCAGGUGGUGACCCUCUGGAGUUCCUCAGAAACAACCCCCAAUUCCAGCAACUUCGCCAGCUCGUUCAGGCUCAGCCCCAGAUGCUCGAGCCUAUCCUUCAGCAGGUUGCCGCUGGUAACCCUCAAAUCGCACAGCUUAUCGGCCAAAAUCCUGAAGCUUUCAUGUCUCUUCUUGCUGAGGAUGUUGACGACGACGCCGCUCUCCCCGCUGGUGCUCAAGCCAUCAGUGUUACUGAAGAGGAGAGAGAAGCCAUCGAGAGAAGAGACCUUGUCAUUCAAGCUUACUUUGCAUGCGACAAGAACGAGGAGCUCGCAGCCAACUUCCUCUUUGACCAGCCUGAGGAUCCUGAGGAGCAAUAA